UCAGUGCUCCUCCUCCCUCCUGGCUUCUGCUACCAGCACAGCGCCGGCCUGCACCUCUGAACCCUACCGCCAAUGGUGCGGCGCGCGGCCGGCCGGAGCGUAACCUUCCCGGCUCUCCGGCGCCGCCGCCAGGCACCGUCUUCCGCAAUUCCGUACCGUCUGUUGCUCACUCCUCCGGGCCCCGACCUCAAGACCGCUCGUCGGAGCCCGUGAAUCCUCAGGGCUCAGGCUGUCCACUUCCUCAAGACCGUGCGUCAAUCGAGCUCCAGAGCAAGGGCAAGACUCAGCAUGGACUCCCUUCAUCUUGUGCAUGUCAAACUUUUCGCUGCCGACCUUCUCACGCUGACUCCCCGACAUACAUCGCCGCCUUCUUUUGUUCGCUGUGGCCGUACAGUUGCUCGUGCUGAGGUUGUUGGGAUUGUUGUUUCACGUGACCGCAGGGAGAAGUUCCUGCGCUUCCUGGUUGAUGAUGGCACUGGCUGUGUACCAUGUGUCCUGUGGCUGAACCACCAGUACCUGAAUGCAAACAGUUCAUCAGAUUCUGAUCCAACUGGAGAGAUGGCAUUGAAAAUGUCGGAGGUGGUACGCUUGGGCACUUUGUUGAGGGUUCGUGGGAGGAUUGUCAUGUACCGUGGUGCAAUUCAGAUUGCUGCUAGAGACGUGGUUCUAGAGGAGGACCCUAAUGUGGAGGUUCUACAUUGGUUACAGUGCGUUCACAUGGCCAAGGAAUGUUAUGAUUUGCCACUACCUUCUGCUUGAGGUGUGCCUUGGAGGAUCUCAUUCUCUGUAAUGAUCCCAAACUGUACUGUGUUUCUUUCUGUGGUUACUGUUGAGCCAACUUCUUCUAACGCGAUCCAGCGUGUGUACGGCAAACAUCGUUAACUAAAUGCCUUUUUUGGUCGACUGCAUUUGAUUUACUUCAUUUAAGCAUUAGGGUCAGUUUGCAACUGCCUUAUAUGGUCUAAUGCUGAGGCUCCUAGUGAUAGUGCACUGCAUUUGGAUGAAGUAAUGUGUGUAUCCCUGACUCUGAAUGGUACUGCAGCUACUCACUCAUAGUUUUUGUUUGAUGAUGUAAAUGCUUGGUUAACAAAUAUGGGUCGUCCAUCUUGCAGGUAUACCUGAUUUCAUAAAUUUAAGCUCUUGUUUCAGAGGUCAAUAUAUCCGGCAACAACAGUUAGUUUCCAGCUUGACAUGAAAGAAUAUCAGCGGUGACAUUAUCCCCUGCCAAGGGACUUACCAGGGCCAAAGCCAAUGUAUAGAUGCAACUUCUUAUUGCAAUAUUAAUGCCCAUGGACAGAAAUAGGAAGAAAGAUACGGAAAAUAUUAUUGAGUGCAGAGAAAGCUCAUUUAAUGCCUUGUUCUCUACUGGGUUUUCUUUGCCAAGAUAAAGAUGUAUCUUAUGACUUACAUGUGCAGGAGUCGAAACUCAAGUGUGAGAGAGGCCACAUGUAACGGGCAUCAUGGCUAUCGAAGGUACAACACCUUGAAACCCCAAGCUGAAGUCAAAUGUGAUUUUUCUACCAUAAGCAUAGUUCUGAUAGUGAAAAGACAAAAGAGUAAGAUUUAGCAGGAUGCAAAAUAAGACAACUAGAUGAGUGGGAAAGAAGGAAGGUAAACAGUAAGAAAACACUGGUUAGAUGUUUGUUAAUGAAGUGAUAGGUGGAAAUGUCCAGGUUUUGACUUCAACACUGAAUUAUCAGUGAUUGGCCUUGAAUAUUCAUCUAAAGCAGCUCAAGUUAUAGUUCCUCAUCUUAUUGGAGGCUACGACACAAAAGGAACUAAAAUGAAAAAAAUCACCAGAAAUAC